CGCCAUCUUCUCAUACUGAGGUCACCCCAAUUGUCCUGUGUGCUUGCACAAAGCGCCCCCUUCAAUGCUCCGGCUUUGUUAUCAUGAAAACAACACAAUUAUCCCCCUGUCUGCUCGGUUCUGCCGCGCUUCCAGGUCCCUUUGGGUCUUGUCUCUCUGAGGGACCGGCCUGCAUCAAAGCAUGAUCAAAUAAUUCCCUCCCCCUCAUCUUUACAUGGUGGUGUGAUCUAUUUAGGGCAGCUGCAGCGGCUUCGGUGUGGCUUUUUGACUUGACAUGCUUGCCCUUCUGCACCGCAGAGGGUCUGCUAUGCGGCGUGCGCGAUAGCUGGCAUCCAGGCUGCCUCCGCUUCAAUGGGCAACACGAGCAUUACAGAGGGCAAGACUGCCCUGGCAGUGGGAAAUACCUCCAUAGCCAGGGGAAAGACUACUGUGUCCUUAGGCAAGUCCUCCAUCUUUAGGGGAGUGACCACCACCUCCAUGGGAGAUUCCACCAUCCAAAGGCAAAAGACGACCGUGGCUCUGGGACGGGCCAGCUUCAGCCGGGGAACCACCACCACCUCCUUCCGCAAGGCGCUGACGUCCAAGCGCAGGAACACCUAGAUGGAGAGGGACCCCGAGCCCAGGGCGAAGACACCCACAGCGGCCAAGCAGUCCAAAAAAGACUCUAACAACGAGUGGAAAACUACAUUCUCGUCAAGCAAGACCUCCUUCACCAAAGGCAGGGUUUCGUUCCUGAGGACAAGGUUGUUCAUCUCCUGGGGGAAAUCCUCGUUUUCUUGGAGCAAAACCGUAGUAACUUUGGGCAGCAACAGCAUAACGGUGGCUAAAACCUCGGUGACACGGGGGGAGACCACGAGCUCUCUCAUGACUCUGACCUUUACCUACGGGACCAAAUCUGUGUCUGUUGUCAAGACGACCCUCAUCAGGGGCAAGGAAAGGCACAGCAACAUCUACUGGGAUUUUCACACGUGAAUCCAGCACACAAAUAAAAGCUCGUGGAUGUGUCUGUGUGGUCAGUGUUAGAAGGUCAGUAGUCACAACCAGCUGCUAUGUUUGGGAUUUUAACUCGUCUUUAAAUCAGAAAAAAGGGGGGAAGUCCCGUGUUAAAGAGCGUGCAGAGGAUGUUAUGCAAAUGCAACAGUGAUGCGAUGAGGCUUUAUGGUGUGUUGAGCUCAGCAGGGAGGGGAAGCUUGAACAGAUGUGAUGUGAUGUAUAUGUGGCGACACAAGAACAAUUCCCCCGUUCUGUGCAGCCGGGACCAGUAGGAGUCCAGUGGGUCUUUGAUGCAUUCCCAUGGUUCGGCUGCAAGCUGUAUUCACAACAAAACUGUAAAAGUGUAUUAAUGUCAUAGUGCAUAUAAAGAUAAUACCUCUA